CUUGUCCAAUACGGGUGUGAAAGAAAUACGAUUCAGUGAAGGAGUGUAACUUCACUGCAAUACAUUUUUUUCGCUUUUUAAACCACUAAAUCCAUCGAUAAAGAAGCAAACAUCUAGGAUACUAGUUUUUAAAAAGGUUUAUUUUCUCUUCACAAGUCUUGAUGUGGUUUCAGGAUGGCUAGGUGGAAAAGUUUUGCUGCUGUUUGCUGGGCUGCGAGUGUGCGGACGGGAUUUUUAACCCUCAGCUCCUGUUGAUUUAUCUUCAUUAUAACUUCGUGUUUUCGGACUUAUCCGCCCCGCCACAUCUCUGCUAUGGAGUAAAAUGUGCAGCAGCUCUUCUGUCUCUGAAACAUACACACUGCGAGUGAGAUGGUGAGGUGUGACAGUGGUGUGUGUUGGCGAGCCGAACAGGAUUUGUUGAUGGCUGAAUUUAGGUGUCCUGUGGUAUAGUGAAGGAUCAUGGGUAGCUGUAGUAGCUGUCCACAGAAAGACAACAUCCCUGAUAAUCAUCACAGCAAAUUCAAGGUUAUUAAUGUGGAUGAUGAUGGAAAUGAGCUGGGCUCGGGUGUGAUGGAGCUGACAGGGGCGGAGCUUAUCCUGCACACGCGGAAACGGGAUGCGGUGAAGUGGCCGUACCUCUGCCUCCGUCGCUAUGGUUAUGACUCCAACCUCUUCUCCUUCGAGAGUGGCCGGCGCUGCCAGACCGGACAGGGUAUAUUUGCUUUUAAGUGUGCUCGUGCAGAAGAAAUCUUCAACAUGCUGCAGGACAUCAUGCACAACAACAGCAUCAGCGUGGUGGAGGAACCUGUACUGGAGCCAGAAUUACCCAUAAUCCCCUACAGUCCUACCACUCCUGGUUACUCGGUGCCAGCCACUGCGAAUGGGAUGGGCCGUUUCCCCUCCGUUAGUGAUGCCUCCUCGCGACCCUGUAGCAGGUUACCAUCUGUGGAGUCCACACAUCCACUGCUCAUGAAUGAUGAAACGGUACAUACAUAUGUCAACACACCUGGCUUGCAGGAGGAACGUCGCGGCUGCAGCAGUGGACACGCCCCUUUGGAUUUCCGGCCAUCCAAUCCAGAAAGCCUAGGCUCCAUUUCCCCUAGUGAGACGGAAACAGUGCGGCUGGUAAUGGAGCCGGAGAGUGUGAAGUUUGUUUUGGGUCCGACUCCAGUGCAGAGGCAGAUGAUGCUGAAAGAGAAACAGCAUGAGCGAGAACAUUCGGAAGAACAUAAUGCCCUGUGUCUAACCGGCACAGAAUCUGUCAGAUUUGUAAAUGGCUGCACAAAUCCUACUAUUGACCCUGACACCGGCUAUGAUAGCGAUGAACGUAAAGAAGCGUCUCAUGAACAGCAGAAUGAUUUAACUUUUAGGCGUCCUCGACCUUUGAACCCUGUUAAUCUGAUUAGCCCCGCUCCUGAUUCCCACAAUGCAACUGGGCAACGUCGGACUGCGCUUCUAAACUACGAAAACCUUCCAGCACUUCCGCCUGUAUGGGAACUUCGCAAACCCUCCAGUAAAGGAGAGCGGGGGGCAGAGCUUAAAAGCCCCGCCCUAAAUGGUUUUGACCCCGCUGACCCCCAACACAACUAUGUAAACACGGAAAACGUCACGGUACCAUUUAGUGCAAACAAACCUCGAGAAACUAAUAUUUUCAGUUUUGACCUGCGGAGGGCGCCGGCGGCCGAAGCGUGUCGCCAACUAAACUACAUUGAGGUGGAGAUGGAGAAAGGCUCAGACUCUAGCGGCCCUCAAACCCCCAAAACACCCACCACCCCUCUCCCCCAAACCCCCACCCACCGGACAGAGCUUUACGCCAUUAUAGACAUCGAGAGGACAGCUGCCAUGUCCAGCCUGCAGAAAGCGCAGCCGCGGGAUGACGGAACGGCCAGAAAAACGAGACACAACAGCACUGACUUGCCCAUGUGAACUAAAACAAACACACUAAAACACAGCCACUGCCAUUUUGAAUCACACACCAACACACGUAAAUGCAUUUGGAAUUAGUAACCACUCCUGCCCCCAGAAGCAUAUUUGGGGCUUUGCUAGCUAUGCUAAUAUUAAAUGUUUUAAAUACAAAUAAGAAUAUUUUAGACUUUCAUCAAUCACACACCAAUCACUGUGCAUAAAGUUAUAGUCACCAACCCCCUACAUUCAUACAAGCAUACACUGCCUGCUAAAGUUUGAGAACAACUUGCUAGCUUUUCAGGGCUUUUAUGCUGAGCUAGCAUAAAUGUUUUAAUACAGCUGAUUAUGUUUCUUUGUCAGUUUUCCAGACAAUCCCACACAAUAUAUACAUUUGGAUUUUAUACACACUGUGGAGGCAUAUGCAGCCCGCUAAAAGAUGGAGGACUAAGUCAAGCUAACAUUAAAUAUUUGAAUACAACAAUCUAAACAUGUUUUUCAUAACAGUCACUCACCGAUAGCUGUGUAUGCAGUUAGAACCUAGGGCUGAGUGUUGAUCCCAAAAAAAAUAGAUUCCUUAAUUCCAGGCAUUUGGGAAUCAAGUGUCUUCUAAAGUAUUUGGACUCAAUUCCACGCAGUGACGUUUAAGUUUGCCUCACAUUGAGUGUCACGUAUUCUGCUGUCACUCUCUAGCCUGUCUGAAAAAUGCAGGCUUUCACAACUUGCGCAUUGACAGUCCAGCUGUACUUUAGAAAAUAAGGUGGAAUAUAAAAAAACAAAGUGGAAAAGUGGAAAAUAAGGUACAGUUUAAAAUUGGUAAAGAAAAUUGGCUCACAGUUAAACAUCGCCAGUGCUGAAAUAUCUACCCAACUGAAGGAGUUUUCGGAGGAGAAUCAGGUACACCUUAGCCUGAGUAAGCUGGCGUUACCUUUCUGAAAGUCCUCGCUAAGGUAUAAUAUAAUGCAUGUUGCGUGUAUAUAAUUAUAAUAAUUUGGAAUUGACUCCAUAGAUUACCAUCACUUUUCUGGAACAGCCCUGCACCAACCCUCUACAUCCCUACCAGCACACAAGCCUGCUAAGUGUUUUCGAGACGUAGCCUAGCUUUUUAAAAUGCUAAGUUAACAUAACAUAAAGUGUUUUAAUACAACCUUAAUAUGUUUUGUCAGUUUUUAAAAACGUCACUAGUCACACAUCGAUACUUGUAAAUGCAUUUGAAAUGAUAGUCUCCACUCCUGCAUACACUGCCUGCUAAUUGAAUGUAGACUAAGCUGGCUAAUUUAGCACAAGGUGAUUUGUCAGUUUUCAAUAACAUAAUCAGUGUCAUUUGUGUAUACAGUCAUAAUUAUAGUCACCACACUCUGCCCCCACAAACAACUACUGCCUGUGAAACAUUUGGGGGACACUUAGCCUGGCUUUUUAAAAUGCUAAGCUAACAUAAAAUGUUUUAAUACAAAUUAGUUUCUUUAAAUGUUUUCAAUCAUAUAAUUACACACACAGUGGCUAGAUAUGCAUCUGGAGUUACAGUCACCACCCCUGCCCCUUGAUGCGUACACUGCCUGAUGAAAGAUUCAGGGCUAAGUUAGCUAAGCUAGCCUAAAAGUUUUUUUUGUUAUGCAAAUGAGCAUGUUUUCUUUGGUAGUUUUGAAUAACAUAAACAGACACACACUAAUAGCUGUGUACGCAGUUAUAAUUAUAGCCACCAACUCUCUUCAUCUGUGCAAGAAUACACUGCCUGCUGAAACAUUUUGGGACACUUAGGCUAGCUUUUCAAAAUGCUUAGCUAAAUUGUUGUUUAAAGGAAAUAAGCAUCAUUUGUUACUAUUUUCUUUCAUAUUUUUUACCUAAGUACACAAAUCCAUUUAUUUUUUGUUAUAAUCACACAGAUUUACGUAUUGAUAGUAUUUUAAUCCAAGUAUGCAGGUAGUUACUAUUUAAUGCUAUUAAUCAUUGCAGACCAACAAAGAAAUCAUGAUAAUUUGUAUACAGAUAUUUUGUAGAGUUAGAUGUCUCAAGACUUAUGAUGUGUAAACGUGACUAUUAGAGCUAGGCCUUCAGUUUGGGCCAUAAAUGUCAACAUGAGGGGAAAAACUCAACAACAAUGCAAAUUUUUUGCUAGCAUCCCUAUGUGACUCUACUAGUAUGUUAGUGCUGAGCUAAUAGCGGUUCUAAUGAAUGUUUUUUUUGGGUGUUCUAGAUUAAACACAGACAUUUGAAGCUUGUAACAGACAUAUUAACAUAUGUUUUACCUUGGAGCAGUCUGAAAAAUCUGAGCACUGGCAUAGAACUGCUGCUGUUUUCCAUUUCUAACAACUGACUGAAAUCAGAGUUCUAAUAGUACUUGGCAAUGCGGCCGGGCAGUUAAUACCACUCAUGCAAGACCAGGCUCCAAUGGAGAGAGACCUAUAAAACUGAAAGAAAAGCCACAUUAGCAUUUCAAAACAUAUUUGAAGUCACUGAUAAAAUCUGACAAAACCCAGCAUAAAUAGUUUGUAGCCUUUGGCUCAAAUAACACAAAAAGCAGGAUUUUUCAGCUUGUUCCAGCCACAACGCUUG